AUGUGGUGUGUAUUAAUUUUCAUAUUGAUCCUCUUCUCCUCUUCCUUUGACUCCACCACUGCUCAUAAGAGAACCAAUGCUUGUACUCCCAUCAACCCAAUGAACAUGUCUAACUGCAAGAAACUAAUCACUUUAGGAGCUGAACUCGGCUGGAACGUCAACAUUAACAACAAAUCCCACAUUGAUAUCUUGUUCACCAUUCCAAUCUCUACAGACGACUCACCAAAAUGGGUCGCCUGGGGAGUGCAUCCAGGUCGGAAAAGGCCUCAUAUGGUCGGAACCAGGGCCAUCAUCGCCAUUGCACAGUCGAACGGGACUUUGAAGGUCAGCAAGUACAACAUCACCAGUGACACCAAGCGGGGGUGUCGUCUGCAGCCUCUGCAGCCUUCCGAAGAUUUCGAGGAUGUCGUCGUCCAAAACAUGUCAGGUGACGUGAAACCUAACAGAUACAUGUCAAUUUUUGCGACGCUAAUUCUGCGUCUAGAUUGUCUAGAUUCAGAUGCGUACGAUAUUGAAAGGUUCAACCAUGUGUGGCAAGUUGGCUAUGAAGCUGAUGAGGUUCAUUUGGAGCCUAAGAUGCACCCGACGGCUCUACAGAACGUGGAUAGUACAGAGACUACAAACUUGCGCACUCGGAAAGGUAUCAGCGUUGGACAUCGUCGGCAUCAUCUUAGAACGGUGCAUGGGAUUCUGAAUAUUGUGGGAUGGGGAAUACUGUUGCCCUUUGGAGUGAUUAUGGCGAGAUACUUCAGAAAAUUCCCCUUUCCAAUUACAAGAUGGUUUUGUUGUCAUGUCUCCUGUCAGAUCAUUGGUUACGUUCUCGGCACAGCUGGUUGGGCAACCGGAAUAUGGCUCGGACAAGCUUCCAAAGAAUAUCACUUCCACACCCACAAUAUUCUCGCCAUGAACAUCUUUGCAUUCACCACGUUACAAAUGAUUGCUCUGCGUUUAAGGCCCUUGCCGACCGAUGAUUACCGGAAAUACUGGGACAUGUACCAUCAUUUUCUGGGCUAUGCACUUCUGGCACUGAUCAUAGUGAAUAUAUUCCACGGCAUUGCCAUUUUGAAACCAAACAGAACCUGGCAUUGGGCUUAUAUUGGAAUCCUUGCAGUACUUGCUUCGGUCGCUUUGGGAUUGGAGGUUUAUACUUGGUCCUAUGCAGCUGUGAAGUUAACCCCUGAAGUGACCCAAGGCUCUAUGCCAACAAUGAUGCCGCAGCUUGCAGUGGCAAUGUCCCCAGAUGCAGGUAUGUUACUGCUGGAGUUCCUUGGACAUGCAUGGAGGGGUGUGAAUGUUCAGUUGGGUGCAAGGUUGAGUCAGUACAGCUCUAGGAUGACUGGUGGUGAAAGAUUGGUGGCGGAAUGGAGAGUUUGGAGUGAGGGAAGAUUUUUCUGA